GUCAUUCGUAUGGCAACUAUUUUGACCCGGCAAAAGAUUGUUCAUAUGUUGUUGACAAUGUUCCAAAAGCUAAAAGUGGAGUUUACUGGAUUCAAGCAGAAAAGGGCCCGGUCAAAGUAAGUAAAAUAAUGGGUGAUUUAUAAUCAGGACAUUGUAUUUGCUUUGAUAAACCAACACGAAAUUACAGCUGAAUCAAAAGAGUAACAGGAGGAAAACUGUCUCCAAUAUACUCCUGACAUUGCAGGUGCAUUUCCAUACAGAAUGUGUGGCAAAGUGAAAUGUGUGCCAGUUAAACAUAGGGCUUUUUGCCCAUAAAAAACUCAUCAGUGAAUGACAUAAACAGUUCAGUAAUUCAUUUGUCUAAAUCUGUUUUGGGGAACUCAUGCGCCGUACCGACGAGAGACUCGAUCUUAAUUUCAUCCCUGCAGUCCCAGGUGAAAAGGUGCUUCCCAUUUGCGGAUUCCAUCAAAUAACAGGCGUUUUCUCUGGGUUCUCCAUACUGGAGUAACAUCGGAUCAAUUAUGAGGGUUGACCCUUACUGGACCUCUAGUAGUGUAGAACUAAUAGAAAAAUCCAGUAGUCCAGUUUACGUUCCCUCCAAUAGUUAUACACACUAGUCAAAUUAGGGAUGACUCUCAAUGGACCUCUGAGAAGAACAGUUUAUAUUUGUUCAGCUUUCCUAAACUGAGAUUGAUCUUUUUGAUUCAGGCAUGGUGUGAUGUUGAUACAGAUGCUGGUGGGUUCCUGUUGAUUGGUGUCAAAGAUACACCUGAUCAUGAAACCUGGGCUAUCCCUUCCAAUUCCGCCCUUGUUCGCCCUGAAGGUGUGGCUAGGUGGUCGAGUGCAUUCGGCAAGAAGAACGUAUUUGAUUUUCGUGUGCAGAUUUCAACGAGUAAAAAUUUUCGUGAUACUCGCGAACAUUGGUAUGUAACGUAUUGUUGUUGUUGACAUGUUGCUAUUGUUCUUAAUUGCUGUUGGUGCUGCUAUUGCUCUUGUUAUUGUUUUGUUGCUGUUACAAUUGUUGUUGUUGUUACUAUUGUUGUUGUUGUAUUCUUUGCUGCUGUUGUUUUGAUUGUUGUUGUUGUUGUUGUUGUUGUUGUUGUUGUUCGCAUUUCAAGCGAACAGUGUAAAAUAAUACUCCACUUUAGCUAUUACCGCUUCAAAUCCACACCCAUUCUUUCCAACUUACUGAUGUCCGAUGAAGGAGGAUGCAGUCAUCGAUACCCAGGGAUUGGGAACAUUGCCUACGUUAAAGAUCUUAUGACUAGAAAGAUGGCAACAAGGACGUUCAAUUGUUCGCGAUUUGGAGCUUCAAUGGCACCUGAACUGGGAUCGGUAAUGUCACCUAUCCUACUUUAAUACCUUUGAUCCACUAGAUUUUAAUUUAUUCUACCUUGCAGAGUUCUUCAUUUUCCAUCAUUUUCAUUCCAUCAGGAUAAAAUGAACAGAUGUUUCAAAGGAUCAUGCAAUCACCAAUUGGUUUUGCAUAUCUUCCUGGUUAUCAUAUCGACACAUCAGGCACGUACAGGUAAUUAUUAUGCUAUGGUUUGAAUUAGGUCAUGCAGGUACAGUGUCAUGUCUGGACGUUCAGGCAUACAGGACAGUCAAACUUCAUUCAUUGGAUGUGAUCAUGGAAAGAUAAAGUACAUCUAAAAUAUAAACGAGAAAACAUAUGAUUCGGGCGACAGAAUUGUAUUGGAAAUUGGCACACUUUUUGUCCCUUGAUCAUAUGAUUUAACAGUGAUUCAAUCUAUAUUGGUAAAAUAUCAACCUUAAUAAUUUUAAUUUGCUAGCAAGGAGCCCUAGGCAAAAUUUUAUCAUUAGUCUCAGUUUUUAAACGUUUUAUAUCAAACACAACAUUGCAUUCAGUCAGUUUGUUUAUGGCCAUUCGACUGGGCCUUGUUCGCCAUUUUUGGGUAUUAAACCGCAGAAACUUUUUGCAUGUCUCCUAAUGGUCCAUAAUAAAAUAUUUCCCGAUUCAGCAAAAACCUAGGUAUAUAAUGCGAUGUUACGAUUUUACAGUGCUGUGCAUGUUUUGGUCCUGACAGUAAGCAGGAUUACUGCGCACCAAAAUGUCAAGCAAUCAAUGGGGGAACUGUUUUAAGAGAAAAGGACAAUAUCACAGUUUGGUUUUGGAUCCGUUUAUCUUUACCGAAACGUGUUUGGAAAAAAUACAUGGAGUUUAAAGAAAAGAACGGUGCUGGAAAAAUGGAAACAUGGCGUGUCGAGAAUGGAAUAAGGAGAAAGGUAUGGUAGAACGAAACUAGAAAUCUACAGGUAGGUAAGUGGGGGGUGGGGGAGGUGGCAGUGAGAUCCAUAUUUAUCCGAAGCAAGAACGUCAGUCAGGAAGAAGUUAUUUCGCUGACCUCAAAAUGACAUUUUGUCAAAUAAAUUUUCUUCAAGAUUGGUUUAGAAACAAACUUGGAGUAGGGUUAGGUUAGUGUUAGGAUUAUGGUUUCGGUUAGAAUUAGCUAUAGUGUUUGGAAUAGAGCUAGUGUUGCUAAAACUGUUGCUUUGCGACGUUUUGUCACUCUGAGGUCAGCGAAAUGACCUGUUCCGUCAGUCAUUCAUGGCGGCCAUUGACGUCCAAUAGCUCUGAAGGUCGUAAACAGCUUUUAUACAAUCCCCCCUGCUAAUUCCAGUUUUUAACGGACCGUAUCGCUAACCAAGUUAUCAGUUCAUAAAACCAUAGUGUUAUUCUUUACAUCGAUGUCAAAAUACGAAAUUGCCAUGAUGGCGGAAAUUGAAUGAGCUAUUGGACGUCAGUUCCAGUCCCUUUCUAUUGUUUUUGUCUGCGCGGUUAACGUUUUGGACUCGAGUUCUCGCUCCAGAUCUACACGGAGCUCACUGGGGUGUCCUCGGCCUAGUCCCAGGCUCUCUCUCUAAUCGCUGCUUUGAGAUAUGCCUGGGUGUGCUGUGCGGAACGCUUCAUGAGCGAGAGAGCCUUGCAGAUUUCGGUAAAAGUCGUAAAAUGGUCCCUGAUUUAAAAAAGUGGUCCCUGGCCUGGUUACCAAGCAUGCCGCAUUUGUAAAUAGAAAAUGUUAUGGAAAUUUUCUUUGCGUUUAUAAUUAAGUCAUUAAUUUUGCUCUAAUGCUGUCGGAACAAUGAAGUAGGCUAGAUUUCGCUUUCAUAUGGUCAGAAUGGAAUAACGGGCUAAAUAUGACUCGUGUUUACUAAAUAUAAAGCCAUAUUAAAUGCUAUCUAGAAGCUUGAAAAUUAUGCUGAGUUUCCGACUAAAAAUGUUUUGACAACACAGUCAUGUCAGGCAAAUAUUUCCAAUCUCCUCAGCUACUUAAACCUGUCAAGUAGAAAACGUAGUUGUGUAUACCAGUAUGGUCUGGUGUUGAUCACAACUUGCGAGUAUAUAAAUAACAUCAACGAUUAUACGACCAUAUUGCUCAGACUCAGUAUCGUAAAUUUUUAUAUAAAUUUUUUUAAUUGAGCACAUUUUUAAUACAGUAUGAAUUUGGUUAUAUAGACAUCGAACAUGAUCAACGAACAUUGUCGUAUUUACAAAGUUAUUUGUAUAUAUAAAUUUUCCGCCAUAAUAAAAAUACUGAAUUCUGCUAGGCGUUCUGAAGCACCUUUAGCGGUGACGUCACACCUAGGUCCCAGUCUCGUACUACAUCCACGUUUUUUCUCGCGCUUGCUUCAGAACGACUGGGACUAGGCUGGGGGUGUGCUAUUAUACAUCCUUAUUUGCAGCUGAGAACUAAGCUGAAUUGCGAAGAAUGCAGCUCAGCCUGAUCGACUCGAAAGCUUUCUAAGGGUGCCUCUGGCAGCCACCUUAUGACCCAAGUCUGAUAAUGGAGCACAGCUACGGUGGAAGGGUCAGUUUAGGUGGGCUUCUACACGUUUUAAAAUACAGUUUAAGAAUUAAGACAACGUAUAUAUUCACCAGACUGGUGCAAAAUCUGAAACAAAACCAUAUGAGGUUCCCUUUAUAAGACAUUUGUCUAUAUAAUUGUUCAUAUGUAUUAGUUAUUUAGGGUCCAUGUUCAGUUCCUGAAGAUGUCACAAUUAAUGAUGGGGUAAGCUAUAAAAAGUCAUUAAAUAAGUUUUUUAUGUAUUAUAUCAAAUUAUUUCCCCUGCUUAGCAGAAAAUCUGAGCCAAACUGCAUUUUCUCUGUGCUUAGAAUAAUUCUUCUUGUGGUAUCACAACAUCAAACAACAUCACUGCACGAUUUUGUUGAUUUUUAUACAGGUUGCAGUAGUCCCUAACAAUCAAUCAAUGAACAAACUUCCAAAAGUGGAAGAUCUUCUUUUCUAUCUUUCUGAUAAGAAGAAGCUGUAUAUCAAAGAACAAUCUCAGUGGACAGCAUUGGCUAAUCAGAAAGAA